AUUUUAUCACCAUUUUAAAACUAACUGAAGCUUGGUAUACCAAAUUUCUAUACUAUACCACAUUUUGUCACCAAAACUUUUAAAUUAAAACUGUUUUAAUAUUUUCUUCGUGCAAAUGCAUUCGUUUGUAAGUGUAAACCACCACUAAGGUGACAGCGAUUGUACGUCAAGCAUGUUUUAAGGUGGUGACUUUCCCUUCACUUUUUGAAGUGUUGCUCAUCAAUAACGGUAAAAAAAAACUCAGAGUAUAUCUUGACUUCAUUGCUAUUGCAAGUAAAAGCCCGCUGCAACAAAGAAAAAGAAAAUUCAUUUCUUUAUUUUUUAUGUAAAGAUUUCGUUUUGUUUCGAGAUAUAUUUGUGGUGUUUCUAUUGUUUUUACGUGUUCAAAGUAUCGAAUAUAAAAUGACUGAUAUAUAUAUGGACCAUGCCAGCCGCCUAAAGAAGCUGUGCGAGGAUCUUCGUAGAUCAUUGCAAAGCAUGCGAAUUCAACAAAUGCAACCUUUGGACUAUUUAGACAUCAAUACCUCAACUUCAAAAGAGUUUUUGGACAAUGCUUCCAAAACCAGCAGUGGAUAUGAUGAAGAGUUCAAUGAUGACAGUGAUCAGGAAUCCCAUAAAAAUUCAACCUUUGAGGAAAACAAGGUUAACGAGAUAAUUGUUAUAUCCGAUGACGACGAUGAAGACAGUGAUGCCUGGACCAUAUGUUCCAAUUUCGAUGAUGAAUACUAUACCUUUAGUUUAGAUGAUGUUUUGCCAGUUAAACCUGAAAAAUUAUUUUUCAAAACCAAAAAUCAUUUGCCUUCUUAUCCACCAAGUGAAAAACUGAAAGUGUCUAAUAAGCAAAACUUUUCCUUGGCCUCAUUGGGCGAUAGUGAAGUUAUCAAGAAAUACAUGAAGACCUUACGUUUAACGCAUGACAAUGUGAAAGAAGUGCUUCAAACAAUGCUUGAAAUCGAAGAUAUAACCGAAAUGUUGGACUAUACGGAUUUAGCCCAGAAAGAUGUUACAAUCACCUGGACAGAAAAACGCCAAUAUAAGUUUGCGAUUCAAAAACUUAACAUUCCCAAUAAUGUGAAUAUUGAUGAUGUCGUUGUACCUUUCAUGGAUGAUUUGGUGGUCAUACCAAAGGCAAGCAGUUUAAUUGAAGAAACAACUCCUCCAAAAUAUAUCAUAGAUCGUUUAUUUCCCCAUCCGCAUGAAUAUGAAAUGGAUCAAAGUUUAAGGCGACGCGUUGGCUCUGUUACCAAAGUAACCAAAGAUGAGAUACAUUUCCGUUUCUGUGAAGAUGAAAAUUUUACUGCAAUUCAGAAAUUCGCUUUGUCAGGUACAAAGUAUGACAUUGUAAUUCGACCACGUCGUUUGCCGGUUCGUUAUCAAUACCGUGCCUUAGAAUUGUUGGGUGAAAGUGAGGAUUUGCGUCAGUAUUUAUUUCCUCAAGCUAAUCUUUUAAAGGCAAUAAAACAGGGACCAAGAAUGGAAUUAAAUUUAUUUAAUUCAACCAUAGCCUCCAAUCCGGAACAGUUAGAAGCUGUCAACUGUAUAUUAGAAGGUCCCAAUCCCAAUGCUCCAUUUGUGAUUUUCGGUCCACCAGGAACUGGCAAAACCACAACUAUAGUGGAAUCUAUACUACAAUUGCGACUUCUGAAACCAGGAAGCCGUAUACUUGUCGCCGCCGGUUCCAAUGCUGCUUGUGAUACCAUUGCAUUACGAAUAUGCCAAUAUUUUAAUAGCAAUACCGUGUUGCAAGAAAUCGAACAACGUGAUCCCAAAACUCAAAAAUCCCUUAUACGCAUCUAUUCGAAGAGUAUUAUUGAAAAGGGUUUACAUCAUAUUGAUCCGCUGUUGCAGGCCAAAUCUAAUUGUCAACUUGGUGUUCAUUACUAUCCUUCGGUGGAGCAUAUACGUCAACAUGGCAUUGUUGUUGCCACCUUAUGCACGGUUGGCAAAUUGGUUACCGGCGAUAUUGGUGAAAUGAAUUUCUUUUCCCAUAUUUUUAUUGAUGAAGCUGGUGCUUCUACAGAGCCCGAGGCUUUAGUUGGUAUUAUGGGUAUAAAAUCAUCAAAUUGCCGUGUUAUUUUAUCGGGAGAUCAUAAACAAUUGGGACCAAUUUUAAAAUCCGAACGAGCCAAUCAAUUGGGCUUGGGAAAAUCUCUAAUGGAAAGAUUGCUAAGUUGUGAAUGCUAUGGUAUUGAUGAUAAUGCCAACUAUGAUCGCAGCAUACAGGCAAGAUUGAAGCGCAACUAUCGCUCACAUCCGGAGAUUGUGAAGAUUUUCAAUCAUUUGUACUACAAAAAUGAAUUGAUUGCAGAGGCGAAAAAAGAAGAUGUCAAUUUAGCUGCCAAAUGGUGUAAAUUGCCCAAUCCCAACUUUCCCAUUAUAUUUCAAGCUGUACACGGUAUUACCGAAAAAGAUACGGUUACACCCAGUUCACGUAACAAUCUGGAAUUGAAAGUGCUAAUGUGGUUUCUAAGACGUUUGCUCUUUGAUGGCAUAGAUGGUCAACGUGUGGCCCAAUCUGAUAUUGGUAUUAUAACACCAUAUCGUUUACAAAACAAAUUGAUACAAUAUGAGCUGCAAGAUCAUGGUUGGACUGGAGUCGAAAGUGGUAGUGUUGAAGCAUUUCAAGGCAGAGAAAAACAAAUUAUUGUUGUUUCGUUGGUGAGAUCAUUUGCCGGCCUGGGAUUUGUUAGGAAUCCAAAGCGUCUUAAUGUUAUACUAUCACGCCCCAAGUCCUUAUUGAUACUUAUAGGCAAUCCUUUGACUUUAAAACGUCAUCAUGACUUUGCCUACAUCAUGGAUGAAUGUCGUAAUCAUGGCACUUUUCUGCGUAAAAAGAAAACAAAAAAGUCUGCAUCUUCCAGAAGAGCAUCCUUAGUAAAGUUGUAAUUUUUUUUUUGAUACAAAUUUAUAGGAAAUUUAUUUUAUAUGCCCAUUUAUUACUUUUUUUUGUUAUAUUUUUAAGAAGAUAUCCAUAUAUUCCUUAGGACAUUUACUGUUGACUUUUGUGUUUCUAUGUAAGUUUUUGUCUCAGCCCCCUUGAAGCAGGGAUUUUUGUUCUUUUUUGUAUUUGCUAUAGCAAUUUUGCGUCUUAACUUUGUGUUGUGUGUGUGCUGUCCAUAGGAUUUUUUAUAUACAAUUCAUAACUUCUACAUUUUAACUACUGAUAUAUUUAUUUUUUUUUUUUCACUUUACAUUUAUCUUAUCCCAAUAAAUUUCUUGUCCCACCACUAUAAGUGGUCUAAUGGUAA